GGAAGUCACAAUUUGAAAUUAAAAUUGCUCUCUGAAAUCAAAAUAAUUGUGCUCAUUUUAUCUUAUUGGAAGUUGUUGAACUGUUUAAUUGCAUAAACAAAAACCUCAUUAAGACAGUGACAGUUUCCUUUUAAAGAGAGACAUUGUCUGAAGGCAUGGUUAGGUUGAUGUAUUCAAUUUAUUACAAAAGCAUGAUGGGGUCAUGAGUAGUUGUGUGUCACGUUGUUUUUUCUUCUUUUAUGUGUAAGCCAAGCUUCUCUCAGAUUUUGGAGUACCCAAUUGGUGAUUUUGUUUGAAACUUGGGUGUGGUUUCAUUUGGGAGAAGAAGAGUGGUGGAAAUAUCUUCUUUCCUUGCCAAGAUUUGAAUCACUUCAUGAUUUCAAGUUAACUUAGCUGGUUUGAUUGAUAAUUCACUUUCUUCUUCAAAGGGAAUAGAGAUGGAUAGGAUAGAUGAGGCAGAUGAAAAUAAUAAAGCGCAGCAUUCUGCGUCUUCAGUUGUUGCUCUAGCAGUCAAGGGUAACAAGAAAAGCAAAUAUGUGGUACAGUGGGCACUUAAUAAGUUUGUUCCUGAGGGAAUGAUUAUCUUCAAGCUGAUACAUGUCCAUGCCACCAUAAAAGGAGUUCCAACACCAAUGGGAAAUAUGAUCCCUCUUUCACAAGUGCGUAAUGAUGUAGCAACUGCUUUCAAAAAGGAAGUGGAGUGGCAAACAAAUCAAACGCUUCUACCUUUUAAGAGAAUGUGUGAGCAAAGAAAGGUGCAUGUUGAUGUUGUAAUGAUUGAAUCGGAUGAUGUGGUAACUGCAGUAGCAGAGGAAGUAGCUAAGGGUGCUAUAACCAAACUUGUUGUUGGAGCUUCAUCCCGUGGCAUAUUUAAAAGUAAACACAAGGGUAUGUCUGCGAAAAUCUCAGUAUGCACUCCAAGAUUUUGUACAGUUUAUGCUAUUUCAAAGGGGAAAUUGUCCAUACGGCCAUCAGACAUGCAGAUUGAAGGAAGCACUGUUGAUGACGCUAGUGAGACCAGUUUUUCCUCCAACAGCUCAUCAAACUACACUUCCUCCUCUCAGACAGAAUCUGGCUCAGUUUCAUCAUAUGCUGGUUUACAUUCCUCUUCCCUAGCAACACAGCGAUUUCAAGCUCUUUCAAGUAUAAAUCAGUCCCUUAUAAGCGCAACUCCUAGUUUAGUUGACACUAACCAUUCUAGAGGCCAGUCUCUAGAUCUUGGAAGAGAAAAUACUGCUACAACAAGUUCUGCUAGAAACUCCGAUAUUGAUAAUGCUUUGAGUCGGGCCUCUAGUUGCAAAAGCUUUAUUUCAGAUACUGAAUCUUGGAUCAAUGAUCCAAAUUCUGGCAAGGACGUGCAACUAGCAACUACACUUCCAUCUCCCAGUAGGCAGGCAAAAUUUAACCUUGAGCUGGAAAAGUUGAGAAUUGAACUAAGACAUGCCCAGGGACUGCAUGCAGUAGCUCAAAGUGAGAACAUUGACGCAUCCCGAAAGCUAAAUGACCUGAGUAAGAGGCGAUCAGAAGAAACCAUGAAAAUGAAGGAGAUUAUUGUUAAGGAGGAGAUGGCAAAAGAACUAGCAAAACAAGAAAGAGAGAAAUAUCAAUCUGCAGCAAGAGAAGCUUCAUACUUGAAAGAAAGUGCUGAAAGAGAAGCAGCAGAAAGAAAGGAAACGGAGUUGAAAGUUAUUCGUGCUGCCAAAGAGAAAGAAAAGCUGGAGGAUGCUCUACGUGGUUCCACGCCUCAGUACCGGAAGUUUACAUGGGAUGAAAUAGUCUCAGCUACUUCAUCUUUCUCUGAAGAUCAGAGAAUUGGAAUGGGAGCCUAUGGAAUAGUGUAUAAGUGCAAUUUGUAUCACACAACUGUUGCUGUUAAAGUUCUCAACACUAAUGGAAAUCGCAAAAGCAAGCAAUUCCAGCAGGAGUUAGAGAUAUUGAGCAGAAUUCGUCAUCCAAACUUGCUUCUUCUUCUUGGUGCAUGUCCUGAUCAUGGAUGCCUUGUGUAUGAAUAUAUGGAGAAUGGUAACUUGGAGGAUAGACUAAUUAGGAAAAACAAUACUGCCCCAAUCCCAUGGUUUGAAAGGUUCCGAAUAGCUUGGGAAGUUGCAUCAGCUCUUUCCUUUCUUCACAGUUCAAAACCAGAAUCUAUCAUCCAUCGUGACUUGAAACCGGCAAACAUCUUGCUCAGUCAUAACCUUGUCAGCAAGAUUGGUGAUAUUGGCCUUUCUACAAUGCUCCAUUCAGAUAUGUCUACCAUGUAUAAGGACACAGAACCUGUUGGGACACUAUGCUACAUAGAUCCUGAGUAUCAAAGGACUGGGAUAAUAUCUCCAAAAUCUGAUGUUUAUGCUUUUGGAAUGGUGAUCUUACAGUUAUUGACAGCAAAACCAGCAAUAGCACUUGCUCAUAAGGUUGAAACAGCAGUUGAAGGUGGGAAUUUAACAGAUAUAUUGGAUCCAGAGGCAGGAACUUGGCCAUUUCAAGAGACACUGGAGUUAGCUCAAUUAGGACUCAGCUGUGCAGAAAUUCGGCGGAUUGACCGGCCUGAUUUAAAUGAUCAUGUGCUUCCAACACUAGAGAAAUUGAAAGAAGUUGCUGAUAGGGCCCAACGUUCUGCUUCAAUUGUUACUAUUAAAACCAAACCUCCUAAUCAUUUCAUUUGUCCAAUACUUCAGGAUGUGAUGGAUGAUCCUUGUGUUGCUGCGGAUGGAUAUACAUAUGAUCGCAAAGCAAUUGAAAAGUGGCUUCAAGAGAAUGAUAAAUCACCAAUGACAAACAUGGCUUUGCCUCAUAAGAAUUUGAUUCCUAAUUACACUCUUUUGUCAGCAAUUUUGGAGUGGAAGUCUAGAGAAACAUGAUAUCAGCAUUAUCUUUCUCAAUCAAUAUUGGGAUAAAUGAUUUUUAUUUUUUUUUGUAGCUUGGCUAGAGAGGUCAGUGGAUUUUAAAUGUAACAGUGUCUUGGAUGCAGAUUUUGUUUGUAGUUGAACCAUCCUGAGCAUGCUGUUUGGUUAGGUCUACUUUGAAUAAGUUUCUCAAUAAACACUAGACAAGAAAAUAAGGUGGCAAAAUGAUUUGAACUUCUUUCAUAAGUUAAGAUCAAUCUAUGUACAUCAGUUUUGGGAGACAAUGGAUGAAAAAUUUUUAAAAUAAAAAAAUGAUGUUCAUCAGUUGAUUUUAACUUAUAAAGAGUUUGAUUUAUUUUACCUUCUUAUUUUUUUUAUUGUACAAGUACUAAUUGAGAAAUUUACUCAAACUAAACCUUAAUUUAGGGAGAUUGAUUUUCAAAUGUAGAUAUAGUUGAUUCUAUUGUAUUCUUAUAUAUGUCAAAUCUGCUUCUUAUUAUAAAAUGAGAACAAUAUUUGACAUUCAAGACAAACCAAUGCCACAUACAUCUGCAUAAUUUGCUUAUUUUAUAUCACUGUAUUCUAAUUACAUGUUUGGGUUGUACACUUUUUGCUGACCCUUUUGGAUUGAGCCAACAAACAUGAUGUGACCGAUCCAUUUACUUAACCAUGCACUAUACAAGACCUAUGAAAGAUGGGUACUCUUAAAUAGAUGAACUGAUUCUGUAUUUGUACUCUUAGAUGAACCGAUUCUGUAUAAUGUAUUUAAUAACUUGUUGAAUAUAUGUAUG